AUUAACUUUUCGAGCUUGGUUGCCAUUCGACGAUAGCAUGACACCCGUUGUAUUUUAUUUAACUUACGCUCACCAAAUGAUAGCACUGACAUUAGGGGCAGUGAUUCAUAUCGCUCUAGAUACUCUGAUCAGCGAUCUUCUCCUAAACAUUUGCUGUCAGAUUAGAAUUUUGGAAAAUCGCCUUACAAAUAUCACGAAUGAACGAAAGGUCAUUUUGAAACUUUGCAUUCGUCAUCACGAAUGUAUAUACGGAUUUGCUGCUGACGUAAAUAGAACGUUUAAAUUUGCAAUCUUCGUCCAAUUUCUUGCAAGUACAUUCAUAAUCUGUUUUACUCUAUUCCAAAUAACAAAAAUAUCAGUUAAUAGUAUGGAAUUUUUAAAAAUGACAUUGUUUAUGUUUGGCAUGUUAAUCCAAGUGUAUCUCUACUGCUGGUAUGGGCAUUUAGUCACUGUUAAGAGCAAAGAAAUUAUCUACCAAAUGUUCGAUACAGAUUUGAUGGAGCUAAACAAUGACAUCAAAAAGAGUCUUUUGAUUAUGAUGCAUCGUACGACGAGGCCUAUCGUUAUUAUCGUUAUGAAUCUAUUUCCUUGCACGUUGUGUUGCCAAUUAUCACAAAAAAUUUUAUCGUUAAUACGAAAAAUGAUGAUUUUAGCAUCGUCGUUUACGAUUCUCAGCAUCUGCGGAUGCUGGAGACCUCCAUCUUGGUCAUUAUCGUUUUAUAAACGUUUCGCGUAUAAUUUAUACACGAUCUUUAUAGCUUUUGUAGUAUCUACUGUAUCAUUGUCACAAGCCAUCGGUAUUGUUCUGAACGAAGGCGAUUCGAGUGAUUCUUCCGAUGACAUUUAUAUAUUCUUCGCGAUACUUAUAUCUUGUUUCAAAAUGCUAAGUCUAAUAAUCAAUCGCAAUAAAAUUGUUAAUUUUGUUAGUACUUUAAGACAAAAACCAUACAAACCAUCCGAUGGCGUGGAAACAAGAAUUCAAAUCAAGUUUGACAAUUGGUCGAGAUUGAACACACAUUGUUACGUUUUCUUACUUUUUUUAUCAACCGUUAGUUUCAUAUCCUUGUCUGUAACUACAAAUUUGAGCGAAGAAAUUGCAACGAUAAUUUUCGAUAUAGAUUGGAUAACACUUAGCGAUGACAUCAGGAAAAAUCUUUUGUUUAUGAUGAAACGUACGAUGAAACCAAUCGUCUUCGUCGUCAUAAGAAUUCUUCCUGUCAAUUUCGAUUCUUUCGUCAAAGUACUUAAAACAUCGUACUCGGCAUAUAAUAUUUUGCAGCAG